AUGUAAUAAUCUGUAAUUGAUUCUAACAUUAUUUAAUCUACAACUGUUAAAACAAUAAAAGAACUCAAAAAAUUGGGAGAUUCGCGGGUUAACUUGGAAGGAGAUGAGAAUAAUAUAAACGAUUCAACUUUGAGUGGUAAAUAGACUCCUGGAGAUGAAACCUCUAAAACAUAGCAUACAAAAAUUACCCUUAAUAAAAAUCCAAAGUUGGCAUUCAAACUAUAAACGUAGAAUACAAUCGGUUCUAUGAAAUAAACCAUUAUGAAGACUUCUGAUGAUGUUGAUGCUCAAAACUAUGGAAUCAAGAGAGCGUCUCUAAGAUAAGGAUCAAUGAGACCUUAAAGACCUCAACCUUAACUAUAGUUAGAAUAAAACGACCCUAUUGAUAUGAAUAAUGCACUUAAUUUAAUUUUAAAUAAAUGCAAAACUAUAAAAGAAGAAUUUGAGUAGUUAUAACUUACUAACACAUUGAUCAACAAAUUUAUAAAAAAUGACAAGCACUUCCAUUUUUCAUUUUAAGCAUUUCUAGAUAAUCUGGUUUCAUAGGGAAAAUUAGCACAAACAUUGACAAAUAUACAAAAACCAGUUUUACAAAGGAUAGAACAAUUUACAAUAAAUCAUGUUAAAAAGUGUAUAUAAAAAAAUUAAGUUUCUCAAUAAUAUGAAGAAAAAGCUCGGCAAGUUGACCUGCUUUUCAAUAGAUAUUACAAAGAGUUAUCAAAUAUUGAAUAAAAUAUCAAAUAUUUUUGA